ACGAGGGUGCAGGAACGCGUUGUGAACGUGUGUGAUUGUGACCUGUAUGGAAAAUGUGUGCGUGUGUUCGAUUCCAAAAUACCGUAUUAAGUGAAAAAAAAAAAGGAAACGGUACAAAAUGAUAUAAAACUUUUCUUUGACUUUUGUACUUGUAAAGUGUGGUGAAGAAAGUUGUGCAGGUGUGUCAGAGUGUGGCAGUUCAAAGGAACGUACUGAGGGAGGCAGGCGACUGACGGGGGACGCGUCAACAGAAAACUUUACUGUCAACCUUCAAAAUGUGAAGAAAUCGAAAAAAAGACAAAACUAAAAAUUCCAGCUGGAUAAAAAGGAAGAAAAAAAUACACACACGUUGAAAAAAACAAAAUCAAUACCUGUGCUUGUGAGCGCUAAUGAGCCUGUGUGCGUGUGUGUGCGUGUGUGCGUGUGUGUGUGUGUGCACAUGUGUGGACCUUGAGGUGGACUUAGUAACUGUUGCAUCAAGAUUCUGAAGGUGAACGAAAAGCAGGUCUGUCCAGGAUGCAACACAACCAGGUCUUCGUGAUUCAGGUGUCUAGCGGGGCGGGAGGGGCCAAGCACCCACCCCUUGCCCUGCCCCCAGCCUCGCCCGACCCAGCCGACCUUCCCGUCCUGCCCUCUGAAGUCAAGUAUUCGGCCACGCUUGUGAGAGGGCUUGGGGCGGCCCACCUCUUCCUCGGGGCUGUUCUGUUCAUGCUGGGAGUCUUGGGCACUUGGGUGGAGCCGGAGACAUGCUGGGCGGGAGCAGGGGUGUGGACAGGACUCGCGGCCCUUCUCUGCGGGUUCUCGGGUCUCGUGGCGCAUUGCUUCUGGUACAAGAACUUCAGCAUCAAGGCGUUCCUGGUGACGUCCGUGGUGUGCGUGGUGCUGAGCGUGCUGGCGGUGGUGCUGAGCAUAUACGCGAUUGUUAACAGGCACAAGCACUUCCAGGCGCUUUUGGAGGAGAUGGACGAGAACACGUGGUUCCAGCCCUACGAUCUCAACAAGGAGCAUCAACUCACACUCAGCAUCAGCGCUAAUCUCCUUGUGGGCUUCUUCCUCGAACUCCUCCUCUCGCUCUGGUCUUCGAGGGUGAGCUGGCGCGGCGUCCAGAGCCCAGAGUUCAGCGUCGCCUCGAACAAGAGAGAUGCGGAGGGUGUUGACAGCAGUGUGACGCCCCUACCGCCGAGGUCUGGUCAGCAGGUUCCUCUUGCGGCCUUGUAUCAGUUGUUGCAGACUCACCCCGAGAUGCUAGGAAACAAGAGCCUGGAAGCUGGUCUGGUUCCCUCAUGGCUACCAAACAGCCUCACUGACCACCCAACACACCACUCCAUGGACUACCAAGAACGUGUCAACCGGUACCUCUCACACGCCAUCGACCAGACCUCCUGCAGACCGCUCUCAACCCUUCAGAGCGAGACCAGGGACAGCGCCACGGCCUCUACCUCAAGUGGCGGUCGCUGCAGCCCCACGGAGACCAUUCCCAUGCCCCCACCAGACCCAGGCCAUGAGAAGGAAAUGUUAGAGAGGGAGAUGCAGGAACGAUACCCUGGUGAUAGGAAAGGGAGGUUGGAUGGGCUAGCAAAUGGGGACUCCAGUAGCUUGGGAAAGGUUAAACACACACAUGUAGAUUCACUGAUACAGGGAGAUGCAGGGACACAGAGGAAGGGAAAACAGGGUAGCGUAGAAGCCUUACCAAUUGGAGACACUGACAGGAAAGGCAGGUUAGCAAAUGGGGACUCCAGUAGCUUAGGGAAGGUUAAGUACACACACGUAGAUUCACUGAUACAGGGAGAUGUCGGACCGCAAAAGAAGGGUAAGCAAGGCAGCGUAGAAGCUUUGCCAAUCGUAGACACUGAGCGAAAGGGAAAACAGACGUACGUGGAGAUCUUACGAAGCAGGAGAGGGUCGGAAAGCAAGCCCAAAGCACCACUUCCGAAGGUCAAAAAUACGGAAGGUUCUAAAUCGACCGAGACUUCCGUGAAAGGUUCUGUUAGUAAGGAUGAGUCUGUGAAGAAGGAAGAGGAGAAGGAGAAGGUGACAACUGAGGAGAGGCAGAAGAAGAUGGGGACAGAGAAGAGCGAGAAGCAGGGAAGAGAAGGAGGAGGAGGAGGAGAGUUGGUUUCGAGCGAGAGGAAGAUGAUGGAAAAGGAGGAAGAGGAGAGGAGUGAAAAGCCGAAGAUGGACGCAGAGAGGAAAAGUUACGGGGAGGAAAUUAAGGAAAAGAAGGAGAAAGGAGACAUUGCCAUAGUCCUUAAAGCCACAGAGAAGAACGAAAAGAAGGAAAAGAAGGAAGAAAAUGAAGAAAGCAACAUUGCCGUCAUUCACAAACACCCCGAAUUUAAGAACCAAAAGGAGGAGGAAGAGGAAGGGAAGAAAAAGAGGAAUGAGAAUAAGAAACAGAAGGAAGAGAAAGAAGAAGCAGAAAAAGAAAACACAAGAAACACCAGAAACGUGAACGAAAGAGAGGAAGAAAAGGAGAAGAGAGGAAGAGACAAACAGAGAGAGAAAUCACAAACAUCGGAUAACCAAACAGACCAGAAGGAGAGGAAUAAAAGAGGAACAGAGGAACCAAACAAGAAUUACAAGGAAGAGGAAAAAAGAAAGACAGAGAAAGAGAAAACGGGAAUUGAUAAUCUAAGUGAAGGGAAGAAGGAGGAGAAGGAAAGAAGGGAGAGAAGGAGAGAAAAGUCCCCCAAUGAAGUAAGCGAAAGGAGUAGGAAGGAGGAGAAGGAGAGGAGGGAGAAACGGAGAGAAAAAUCACCGGAGGAAGUUAGCGAGAGGAGUAAGAGAGAAGAGAAAGAGAGGAAGGAGAAACGGAGAGAAAAAUCACCGGAGGAAGAACACGUCACUGGAGAGAAGAAAAGCAGGAAGGAAAAACGAGAUAGAGAAAGAGAGAGGGAGAGAGAAACAUCCCCAGUGGUAGAGAAGAGACAGAGAGAGAGACACAGAAGCGAAUCAACUGAGAUAUCUCACACGAAAGAGAGAGAAAGAGAGCGAGACAGGAGUGCGUCGCCAGAGAAGAGACAGAGAGACAGAGAGAGGCGGAGAAGCGAGUCAACGGAGAAUCGCCAUAAGAAGGAGAGAGACAGAGACAGCGAGAGAUACAGAAGCGUGUCACCAGAGAAGAGACACAAGAGACACAGAGAUGAUAGAGAGAGACAGCGGAGUGAGAGUAGGAGUCGUAGAGAGAGACCGAGAGAUGAGUCCCUAGAGGUGAUCGCAAGGAGUCACAAGGAACACAGAGACAGACAGAGAGACGACUCGCCGGAGAAGACGACCAAAGAGAGGAGUCGUAGAGAGGAGAAGAGCGAGAGGAAGAGCGGAAAAUCACCCACGAUUGACACAGGAGCUUCUGACACCAAACAAAAACAAGAGGUAUUCAAUGCCGAGAGAGAGAGGGACGAACACAUGAGGAAGAGGGACAAAUCACAGGGCGUAGCAGAAUCCGAAACCCUCGACAGCGCCCACAGGAAGCCGGAGAGAGCGGAAAAACAGAAGAGACGGAACGAGAGAGCGUCGGAACACUAUAACCAGGAACUGAAUCUCGUGUCGAACUCCGAGGAAGCGAACGAGGAAAUGACAGACAGUGAGGAGAGAAGGAGAAGGGAGAAGAGGGAGAGGAAGGAGAAGGAGAGGAGAGAGCGGAAGGAGAGGAGGAUGAAGGAUGAAGAGAAGAGUAGGGAAUCGAAUACCAAUGAUGUACAAGCUCUGGCAUCUGAUCUGCAGCCUCCUAAUGGGUUCCAAGACUUUUAAGCCCUUUGAAUCCAUAUAUAAAGGCUUGGAUUCCACAUUUUCUUUAACUAAUGAGAUUCAGAGAUGCAUAACUCUCCAGUAUCUUUAAUUACAGUGCUUAAAACAACAUAAAUAUAAUUGCUAUAAGGAAAAAUAUGGGGGGAGGAUGAGGAGAAGGGAGAAGAGGAAGAGGAAGGAGGAGAGGAGGAUGAAGGAUGAAGAGAAGAGUAGGGAAUCGAAUACCAAUGAUGUACAAGCUCUGGCAUCUGAUCUGCAGCCUCCUAAUGGGUUCCAAGACUCUUAAGCCCUUUGAAUCCAUAUAUAAAGGCUUGGAUUCCACAUAUUCUUUAACUAAUGAGGUUCAGAGAUGCAUAAUUCCUUCACUGCCCUUCAUUACAAUGCCUAAGUAAUCCAUAUCUAUAUAGGGAUUAUGAACUAUCCUGUGUCUUAUUAUAUGGUGGUUCUAAUAUCUUUAAUUCCUGCUGCAGUUUCUUUCCGUUUCCUUACUUUCUUUCCUCGUUCUGUUGAUAAGAAAAUCUUUAAAUAUAGCAUAUUCAGCAUCCCUCUAAAGAGCAGAGCAGGGGUGUACCAAGCGUGGAUUAGAUCAGUGAUGUUGUAUGGAGCAGAAACAUGGGUGCUAACUAGAAAAUUGAGGGAGGUAUUGAGAGCAAGUGAUCGCAGGAUGCUGAGGUAUAUGGCGGGGAUCAGGUGGCUAGACAAGGUGUCCAGUGCAGCUAACAGAUGUGGAGUAGAGGACCUGGAAACAGUGCUCAGAAGGGAAAGACUCCGAUGGUUUGGACAUGUAAAUAGAGCAGGGGAGGAUACAGUGCUGGGAGUUUUGGAGAGAUUAGAGGCAGAAGGAAGGAGACCAGUUGGUAGACCUAGGAAAACGUGGAGAAGGUGCAUACGGGAAGACUUUGCAUUGAUGGGAUUGGAUGAACAUUGGGCAGAGGACAGAGCAGAAUGGAGGAGAGCCAUAAAGCGUCCAACCGCUCAGAAAGAGUGAAAAUGGACAUUAAACGAAAUGAUGAUGACGAUGAGACCUAAAGGGAAAUAUAUGAAUGACCUCAACAUGUGGUUCCAAGUUGGUCAAUUCUGGUUACAUUCCUAAAUCUUUCUUCACCUUAAUAAUCUCCAUCAUAACAAAACCGAGAGAAAGAAACAGCCACUAUGUAUGUAUAUUCUAAUGCAUGUAUAAAUAUCCCUACCUAUAUGAUAUCAAUGUAUAGUAUUAUGUAUACCUCCAAUGUGCUACAAAUGUAUUAUAUAGUAUUAAUUCCAUCAUAUCACCAAGGGCUUCCAUGUACCAGCUGUAAAUGUAUGUAUAUAUAUAGUAGUUUGAAGAAUAGGAUUUGUACCUGUAAGACAAUAUAUGUAUGUGUGUGUAUAGUGAAUGUAUAUGUAGUUAGAUAGUUAGUUAAGGAAGAGUAUUAUGUGAGUAUUAUGUUAGAGGUUUACUGAUGAUGAUGAUGAGAGAGAGAGAGAGAGAGAGAGAGAGAGAGAGAGAGAGAGAGAGAGAGAGAGAGAGAGAGAGAGAGAGAGAGAGAGAGAGAGAGAGAGAGAGAGAGAGAGAGAGAGAGAGAGAGAGAGAGAGAGAGAGAGAGAGAGAAAAUUAACUUUGCUCACUGAUGGAGAGAUGGAGAGAGAAUUGACUUUGGAAAUGGAGAGAUGGAGAGAAAAAAAAAAUCAGAUUAUUAUUAAAUGUAUUCUCUGU